AUGAACAAACCAGUAGUACUUAUACUCCAAGGCAGCGUCCGCAAGAAUCGCCCUCUUAACUUGGAAUUUCCUUUCGAGAUGAAGUCCCUCGCACGAAUGCUAGAUGAAGCGGGUUCAGAAGCACAAAGCACUUCCCAUGGUGACAUUUCCAAGCUUCACUGGCGACUUUGA